CCGGCCCCAGGCCCGGGCCCGCGCGCUCGCUGCUGGAGCUGCCCCCCGAGCUGCUGGUGCACAUCUUCGGCUACCUGCCGGGCCCCGACCUGCCACGCCUGGCCCAGGUGUGCGGCGCCUUCCGCCGCCUCCUGCGCACCGACACCAUCUGGCGCCGCCGCUGCCGCGAAGAGUACGGAGUCUGCGAGAACUUGCGGAAGUUGGAGAUCACGGGAGUGUCCUGUCGAGACGUCUACGCCAAACGUUGACGGCUUCUUCAUAAUUGGCUGGAUGUACUUGCCCCCUCACGACCCUCACGUUGAUGAUCCGAUGAGGUUCAAGCCCCUCUUCAGGGUUCACCUCAUGGAGAGGACUUCUGCAACCGUGGAGUGUAUGUAUGGCCACAAGGGACCCCACAGCGGCCAUAUUCAGAUCGUGAAGAAGGAUGAGUUCUCGACAAAGUGCAACCAGACGGAUCACCAUCGAAUGUCAGGAGGGAGACAAGAGGAAUUCCGGACGUGGCUGAGGGAGGAAUGGGGCCGGACGCUGGAAGACAUCUUCCAUGAGCACAUGCAAGAGCUUAUCCUGAUGAAGUUCAUCUAUACCAGCCAGUAUGACAACUGCUUGACGUACCGACGCAUCUACCUCCCUCCGAGCAGCCCCGACGACCUCAUCAAGCCAGGCCUCUUCAAAGGGACGUAUGGGAGCCACGGGCUUGAGAUCAUCAUGCUGAGUUUUCACGGGAAGAAAGCCAAGGGGACAAAAAUAACAGGUGAUCCCAACAUCCCAGCUGGUCAGCAGACUGUGGAGAUAGAUCUUUUGCACCCCAUCCAGCUGCCUGACAUUGAGAACCAGCACAACUUCAACGAGCUCUCCCGCAUCAUCCUCGAGGUCCAGGAGCAGGUGCGCCGGGAGCAGCAGCAGCAGCAGGAGGAAGAGGAGGGUGCAGGCUGCUCCCGGCAGAGCGCCACGCCACAAGCGGAACAGCCUGCACAGGAAGGAGACGCAGGAGCCGAAGAGACAGCGGACAGAGCAGGGGCUGCAGCCCAGGGCUCAGAGCCUGUUUCACAGCCUUUCGUGUUGCCCCCGGGGGUCAUAUCACGGAACAAAGAUUACCCCCGGACCUGCCGAAUGUGCUUCUAUGGCACGGGGCUUAUCGCUGGCCACGGCUUCACCAGCCCCGAGCGGACGCCAGGGGCCUUCGUCCUGUUCGACGACGAUCGCUUUGGCUUCAUCUGGUUGGAGCUGAAAUCCUUCAGCCUCUACAGCCGGAUCAGGGUUGCGUUCCAGAGUGCCGAGGCGCCAUCCCAGGAGGCUUUCGAGGAGAUGCUCAAGAACAUUCAGUCGCUGGCUACUUGAGGGGCAGCCUCUGGGAGAGUGGGAAGGGCUUGUGAAGGCUUCUGCUCUCCCCACCUGGGAAUGGGAUGGGAUGGGACGGGGACCCCUGGCUCUUGGUACCUCGGAACGAAAGCAUGCACUUUUCAGUAAGGCCUCCCCCACUUCCCCUCCCCCCAAGCCUCCAACUCUCCCCAUCCCCUAUUUAAAAUAGACCUGAAAUAUUCCCCACCACCACUUCCUCCUGGCAGUACUUGAUAGGCGCUCUGUAACGUAUCCCUGGAUAGUGGGAAGCAGUGGAGCGUGUUUGCUUAAAGAGAAUGGACUGGAGGAAGCUAGGUGGAGCCCUGCAUUGGAGAGCCUCAUAAAUAAGAGGUGGCUAAUCCCGUUCCCUGCUCCUGGGAAGCAGGGUCCUCCUCAAGCCAAGCGCAUCCUUCAACUUCUCUUUCCCAACUCCCCAUGCACGAGGUCACAGGAGACUGGAUCACUUAAAACCCCUCCUGUGCAGCCCCCACCUGCCCGCUCUGUAUUGUGCGGUCUGGGCUUGGCUCGUGUUUGUCCUCCCCUCUGGGAGCCUCCCUCUGUUGUGCACGGCCUUGAUAGCAAACCAAGCCAGCUCCGCUGUGGCUUGGUGAUGGCAGCAGGCUUUUCCUCACUGAGAAUCCCUCACGCUGGCCCUGUGGGAGGGACUCAUGCUGCGGUUCGCUGCGCAGGUAUCCUUUCUCCGCCUUCCUCGCUCCAGUUCAGUCUCUUCCAAUGUCAGAAGGAGCAAUCAUCUCUCCCUGUGUUACAGGCAUUGGGAACAGCUCUUGGCGCCAGUUCAGGCUGUACUUCUAACUCCUUUUUAAGUAGAUCUUUUAAAGUUCUCCCUUUAAAAGAGCUUAGGGAGAAACCCCUCAACCCCACGAACUACUGACUUCCCCUGUGCGUGCUUGAGGGCUGGCAGAGCUGGGACGUGGAGUUUCCUGCUGUUGCCUGGUAUCUUAAGUUGCCCCUUUCCCACCACCCCACUCCCACUGCUCCCUGCUCAGGGUAGUUAAGAGAUCUCUUGAGGCUGUGAUUCCUUAUGGUGCCACUCAUUGGCUCCCUCCUCUUUGGAUCCGGCAAGUACGGGGGUGUCAGUGCCUCUGCCUCAUGUGCUUGCCUGUCUCUGGGAUUCUUGCUUUCUUUCCUCUACUACAAUUGCUGACCUUCCCAGACUCUGGUCUGCCUCUGCUACAGGAGGCUGUUGGCCACAGCAAUACGGGAAUGCAGCUGCUGAGCUUUGCUGAGAAGUACAGGUAGGAGAGGUAGAUGCCCAGAGCACCGACCAGCUGCAAAAACUUCCACCACGAGACAGGGUGCAGGGGUGGCCGGAUUUGUGUCUUGACCCAGGAAGGCAGUUGUGGUCAAUGCCUGCCAUUAGAGACCCACAUGAACCAAGCAGUGCAGCAGGUCACCUGCCAGCCAAAGCAUCUUUUGGGAGAUAAGGACCUUUAAAACCUUAUAGUCUCCUAUCUGGACUCUCCUCCACCUUCCACGGAUAGUGUUCAUAAGUGGUUAUGUACGAUCUUGUGGUAUAUUAAAG